AUGCACUUCCCAACGAUGCCAAAGGCAAAGCCCAACAAACCGACGAUCAGAAGCAAGUGCUGGAAGUUACUCCUCGAGGUCCAUCAUGUCUCGGCACAAGAGUACAUUUCCUUGGUCAAACAGGGCAAGCCGCAAGAGUAUAACAAGAUCCGAGACGACACCUUCCGGACCCUAGCGACGGACCGCAAGUUCUUGGAUGUGGUCGAGGAGGAUAGUUUGAUCCGCGUCCUGUGCGCGUUUGCCUGGAGCACCCAAGCAACGUCGGUUCAAGAUACGGAUGUGUCGUUCACAUAUGUACAGGGCAUGAAUGUGCUGGCCGCUCCAUUCCUGUACACGAUGACGGAGAUGGAGGCUUUUUACUCCUACUCCAACUUUAUCAAGAACUGCUGUCCGCUAUAUGUCCAACCAACACUUCAAGGCGUCCACUGCGGCAUCAAGCUGCUGGAAGAGUGUCUCCGCAAAAUUGAUGUCCAGUUGUACGACUACCUCAAGUCCAAGCGACUUACGGCAGAGCUCUACGCCUUCCCUUCGGUGCUUACGAUCUGCGCAUGCACGCCUCCUCUGGAUCAAGUUAUGCAGCUCUGGGAUUUCCUGCUUGCCUGGGGCAUCCAUCUCAACAUCAUUUGCAUCAUUGCCCAGCUCCACUUGAUCCGUGACGAACUCAUGAGCCAUGCCAGUCCGAUGAAGCUGUUGAGAAUCUUCCCGGAUCUAAACGCGGGCAAGGUGAUCAGGGAGACGAUCCGGAUGGUCAAACUCUUGCCGGACGAGCUGUAUGACCUUCUGGUUCGUCACCCUUAUGAUCCUACCGUCGCCGAGAAAAUUUGA